AUUCAGUUUUUCAUUUUAUUUAUUUAUUUUUUUUUUCGGGAAUCCUUGAUUCUUUAACAAGGAAGUUACCGUCCAUAUUCUAUCGAGAUUAACCAUGGAUGCCGAAGAGGAAAGAGAGAAGAAAGGAGUCAGACUUGCAGAUGAUCCUUCCAACAGAGCGAUGGUCCAGAGAGAUCUUCAUUGUCUACCACCGGAGAUGCGGCUCGAAAUCCUAUCAAGACUCCCGAUCGCCUCUCUGAUCCACUUCAAGACCACUUCCCAUGCCGCCUAUGAUUUAGUCGCUGAUCCAAGACUCCCUCCGAUGUUCCGUAAUCGGGUAAGCGAGUCAGACCCAUGUCUGAUACUGUUCGACUUCAAUUUCCGUGUCCCCCGGCGACCCUAUUUUGUGGAUAUUGAAGAUUGUAGUAGAAGGGUUAGGAAAAUCGAUCCACCACAGCAUUCAAAAGCUAAUGAGCUGGUGGGUUCUUGUAACGGGCUGUUAUGCUUAUCCUUAAUCGAUGGUUCAUCGGAGUCCCAAAGUCUGCUAAUUUACAAUCCUUUUGUUGGAGAUGCUGUGAGUGUCCCACCGGCGAACCCUUUUCCAAAUCAAAGUGAAGCUUUUGGAUUUGGGUUUCAUCCGAGGACAGGAGAAUUUAAAGUGGUCAGGAUUGUGUGGUUCGCGCUAGAUGUGGAAGAAGUGGAAGAAUUAAUGGUUCAGGUGUUUACUGUAGGAACAGCAGAGUGGAGAACGAAAGGAGCUACGUCUCCACAGUUGGCAGGUGUAACUGGACCACCUGAUGCUCUAGUUGAAGGAUCUCUCCAUUGGGUGACUGUUGUUGGGAUGGGUGGAGACGGUCCUAUCUUUGGUAUUAUCUCCUUCGAGCUUGCAGAUGAGGUGUUCCAAGAAAUUCCGCACCCACCUUGUCAACGAUUUGUGUCACGUGAGUACAGUCCUUCUGUGCUCAAUGGGUGUCUAUCGGCAGCUAGGUUAGUUGAUUCUUUGCAUUUUGAUAUCUGGGUGAUGAAGCAAUACCAUGUUAAGGAAUCUUGGGUAAAACAAUUCUCCUUUGAUCCCUGUUUUCCCGAUAUAUGGAGCUACUACUCAAGAAUUUUUCCCGAAUUUAUAUGUGCACUGAAGAGUGGUGAGAUUCUGUUGCGUUCUGAUAACGAUUCUCUAGUUUCUUAUGAUCCUGUGGAAAAAAGAUUAAAGUCUCUUCAAAUAAGUGGGUUACCCAAUUAUUUCCGGGCACUUCCUUUUCUACCUUCUCUUUUCUCAGCAAAGGCAACCAUGAAUUUGCAACUUUAACUCUCUCUUGUGAAUAACCCUUUUUCUGUAAGACUCUAUUACUAGUUUUUAGUUUGUGUUGAAUAUUUGAUCAUCAAUGCAUCAGUAACAGUUGUGUUAUUUACAUCAUCAUGGAUGACCUCUAUUGUAUGGCAAUGAGACCCACCUGACUAUUAUCUGC